AUGUCGUCCGUCACUUCUUCCACGUCCACCAAUUCCAACCCGUUCGCCGACGCCAACCCUCCCGAUGUGAACGACAUCCGCAGCCUGAACAUCUUCGAGCGGGUGCCGGUUCGUCUCUCUCAGGCGGACUCCUCCUACUACAGGUGGAAGACAUACUUCUCCCUCGUGUUCCGAGAGUAUCAUCUCAUGGACCACGUGGACGGCACCGUCGACUCCAGCCUCGUCCCCGAGUUUCAUGACUGGUCCACCAUCGACACCACGAUCAUCUGCUGGUUCUUCCUCACCAUCACGCCCGACCUCUUCCAGACGGUCGUGACGGACGGUGAUGAUGCUUGCGCCGUGUGGACCAAGCUGAACGGGCUCUUCACCGACAACCAGCUCCAGCGUCGUGUUUUUCUGCAGCAAGAGUUCUUUGGGUGUCAUCAGGACAACACUUCCGUCGACGACUAUUGUCGCCGCCUGAAGACUCUCGCUGACGAGCUCCGCGAUAUUGGCGCGAAGAUCGAUGAUGACCUUCUACUCAGCACGCUCACCGCCGGGCUCAACGAGGACUUUGCCAACGCCGCGGCGAACCUCAGCCUCAUCCCCAACCCGUCCUUCACCAAGUUCAUUGCAUACCUCCGCUUGGAGGAGCGGCGGAUGAAGCAGGUGAAGGCGCGGGCCAUCCACACCGCCCUCGCUGCCGGCACCACCCGCGGCGGGCCCUCGACGCCCCCCGCUGCCCCGGCCGCACCCCUGCCGUCGCGCCACCCGGCGCCCCAGCAGCCGGGGCUGCUUCCGCUGCCCUAUGGACCGCCCGCCCCUCCCACGAAUGGCGCCGUGGGGGGCGGCGCGGUGGGGGCCGCCGCGGCGGUCAACAGCAGCAGUCGCAGGGCACCGGCCCGCCCCAUUAGCAGCAGCAGCAAAAGUUCCAGGUGCCCCCUCUAUGGGCCUCCGGCUACAACCCGUGGACCGGCGUUGUUCAUGCCUACACCAUGCCGGUUCCACGGGCUCCUGCACCGACCCUUCCCGUGCCACGCCCGCCGGUGCACCAGGCGUACUACGAGCUCCGCAGCCGUACGGAGGAUACCCACUGCCGCAACUGAGCGGCGCCUACGGUCUCCCUGUGCCCCCCCCCCCCCGCCGCCUCCCUCGCUGGCCCUGCCGCCGGCGCCUUGGGAUCCGGCGCUCCUCGCCGCGCUGCACACUGUGCCUACGCCGAGCAACUACACUGGAGGCGGUGAUUGGUACAUGGACACCGGGGCUACAGGUCACAUGUUUACUCAUCCUGGCAAUCUUGCCUCCUUCACUCCCGUCACCAUCGACCACCGCAUCAUUGUCUGCGACGGUUCCACACUUCCUAUCACACAUGUCAGGCACACUUCUUUUCCUUCUAAUUCCAUGCCUAUUACUUUGUCUAACAUACUUGUGUCACCUCAUCUUAUUAAGAACCUUAUUUCCGUUCAUUGUUUAACUCGUGAAAAUCAUGUUACUGUUGAAUUUGACGAGCUUGGUUUCUGUGUCAAGGACACUCGAACCAGGAUGGUACUUCACCGAUGUGACAGCCUCGACGAGCUCUAUCCGGUGCAUCCGCCGUCCACCUCCACCACCGCACCGGUUCCUCUCUCCGUCGGCAUCGAUCUCUGGCACGCUCGUUUGGGUCAUCCAACCCCGUCACACUUCGUCAUAUUCUUAGGAGUUUCAGUUUCAGUUGUAAUAAGAUAG